AUUCAAAUAAUGGGUACUCCAGCAGCUUCUCAUUGUUCGUGCGGUCAACCCACUUACAUCUUCAAUUUCUUUGCUGGACAUCAGCCACCAGUCAACGUUCCUCCGUCACACAAACAUGAGCAUGAACAUGAACAUAAACACCGUCACCACAAAAAGGGAAAGAAGAUUGUGAAGGAAGUGAGCGAGGAACUUCUCAUCCAAGGCAUUCCUUCAUGGUGGAGCCCUCGUAUGCUUAAGAAGAUUGGCGAGAAGAUCAGCGACUAGGCCAAGCUGAUCCAGCAUAUAAUAUCGACA